UCAAAAUUCUAAGCAUCUGGCAACCUAACGGUAAUUCGCCGACAGCAGAUUGCAUAUGUAAUCUUCCCAUUAUAAACAAGCCAUUCGAGCAGUCGGAAUUUGGGCAGCACAAUGAUAGUGAACCGUACCUUGAUGCGUUGGCGACGCCGGCACCGAAGUCGCUGGGUCUCCACAUGGACUCCAUUGGCUACGGCGUUCAAUGCGCCUCCAGCCAGGCGGAUCAACUUCACCCGCGAUGAUGUGGGUCUCUUCCGCAUGUCCGAGCUGCGAAGCUUUGAGGGAUUCUACCUAUUGAGGGAUAAUGUGGAGAGCCGGGCGCAGGAGCUCAUCUCGGAAGCCAUCUCUACGCAGCGGCGACGAAAGAUGGUCGAUAUUUUUGAUGAGCUCUCCGACUCGUUGUGCAAGGUGGCAGACCUGGCCGAGUUCGUACGGAUCGCGCAUCCUCAGAGCAAGUACACCCAGGCGGCAGAGCAGGCCUGCAUCAGCAUUUGCGGCGUGGUGGAGAGCCUCAAUACAAACAAGCCUAUCUAUCAAGCCCUAAGCAAAGUGGUGGAGCAUGGAGACCAGUUUCCAACUAGCGAAGUGGACAGGCAUGUGGCUCGUCUGUUCUUGUUCGACUUUGAACAGUGUGGCAUUCACUUGGCCGAAGAGGAACGUCUGCGGGUUGUGCGGCUGAACGACUACAUUCUUCAGCUGGGCCAGAAGUUUAUGAAUGGCGCAUUGCAACCUAGUGUUCUUCCCCGCAGCCACGUCCCUGAGGCCAUUCGUAACUACUUUCCCACUUCCGGAGACAGUGUAAUUGUCACUGGACUGUGCACAAACGCGGAGAGCGUUCAGAUGCGAGAGGCUGCCUACCGGCUGUACCUGCAGCCGUCCGAAAGUCAGGAGGAUUUGCUGCGAGACCUUCUGCUUUGCCGGCAUGAGCUGGCCCGCAGCUGUGGGUUCGAAACCUAUGCUCAUCGGGCCCUGAAUGGCAGCACCAUGGAGAGACCCGAGAUAGUCCGAGAGUUUAUAGACCACCUGUCCGAGAAGCUGCGACCGCGCGCUGAUGCCGACUUUGCCCGGAUGACUCAAAUGAAACGCCUGGAGGGCGGGCAGCCGGACGCCAUGGCGGAAGUUUGGGACACACCCUAUUUCACCAGUCAGCUGAGGCGGCAAUCGCUUAAAGCGCAGACCAACGAGUUUCUUCCGUACUUCUCCCUUGGUGGCUGCAUGGAAGGACUGGACAACCUGCUGCAGGCGCUCUAUUGCGUUCGGCUAGAGAAUACGGAAAUGGAGCCCGGCGAGUCCUGGCACAACGACAUCUACAAGCUGGCCGUGACGCACGAGACGGAAGGACUAUUGGGCUACAUAUACUGCGACUUCUUUGAGAGAGUGGGAAAACCAAACCAAGACUGUCACUUCACCAUCCAGGGCGGUAAGCGUCUGCCGGACGGCUCAUACCAGCUGCCCGUAGUGGUGGUAAUGCUGGGUCUACCGCAACCGCGAUGGAGUGGACCGACUCUGCUGUCGCCAGCGCGAGUAGAUAACCUGUUCCACGAAAUGGGCCACGCUAUGCACUCAAUGCUAGCUCGCACCGAACACCAACAUGUGACGGGAACGCGCUGCUCCACGGACUUUGCCGAGGUCCCCAGUGUGCUAAUGGAGUACUUCGCCAGUGAUCCACGCGUACUGCGAACCUUUGCACGCCAUUUCCAGACUCAAAAGCCAAUUUCCGAGGACAUGCUCAGGCGGUUGUGUGCCUCCAAACACCUUUUCGCCGCCAGUGAGACACAGCUCCAGGUGUUCUACUCGGCUCUGGACCAGGAGUACCACGGAUCAGAGGCGGGGCAGGGCUGCAGCAGCACCGAUACACUGCGAUUAGUGCAGAGCCGUUACUACGGACUUCCCUACGUAGAGAACACUGCAUGGCAGCUGCGCUUCUCCCAUCUAGUUGGCUAUGGAGCUAAGUACUACGCCUAUCUCGUUUCGAAGACAAUCGCCUCCUGGAUUUGGCAAACGUACUUUGAAGCGAACCCCUUUAACCGCCAGGCAGGUGAGAAGUACCGCUCCGAAAUUUUGGCUCACGGAGGAGCGAUCCCCAGCCGGAAGCUGGUAGCGAACUUCUUGCAGCGCGAAAUGACGCCCAGCGUGUUGGCCGACAGCCUGAUCACCGAGAUUGACUCUGACGAGUUAAAAAUUAAGGACCUGAUGGUCAGCAGAAGCUAAUAUUCAUCACACUUUUUCAGUUGUAUAUACAUCUUGUAUUAUACUUAGUUAACUUUAA